AACUGACAACAAUGUUUAAAAAACAAACAUAUGGGACGCCCUUACUAUAACCCUUGGACAAUAAUAGAGUCGACUAGAUUUGCGAUUUGAUCCAGUGCAACCAUCAAUUGCGAUAUUCGAUUCUUGAUACCAUGAGUGGAAAAUUGGAUUGCGUGAUCGUGGCCGUAGAUGGAAGCGAAGUGAGCAUGAACGCCUUGAAAUGGGCUCUCGAGAACCUGAAACUCGGGUCUUCUGAGAGUUCGUUUGUUAUUCUCCAUGUUCAAUCCCCGCCGACUAUAGCAGCUGGCCUUAAUCCCGGCGCAAUCCCUUUUGGGGGUCCCAGUGAUCUAGAGGUGCCUGCAUUCACUGCGGCAAUUGAGGCUCACCAGAAACGGAUUACACAGGCUAUUUUGGAUCAUGCUCUUCAAAUUUGCUCUAAUAAAAAUGUUGGGGUUAAAACAAAAACACAAGUACUCGUUGGGGAUCCAAAGGAAAAGAUUUGUGAAGCUGUAGAUCAGUUGAAUGCUGAUUUACUAGUGAUGGGGUUCCGUGCUUUUGGUCCCCUUAAAAGGAUGUUUUUGGGAAGUGUUAGCAACUAUUGUUCAAACCAUGCACAAUGCCCAGUUGUGAUUAUUAAGAGAAGCUCUUGAGAAGCCAUUUUGAAUUUUGAGCGUGUGAUACUGAUGCAGUUCAUGGUGAAGACCAAAUCGAUCCUGUAAUUGUUGUAAUUGUAUUGUGGGUUUUCUGAAUUUCCGGGAUAUUAAGGUGUGUACAAAGUUGUUCUGCUCUUGUAAGUUAAAAUUUGUUGAUGUUGAAACUGAAUUUUGUUGAUUUGAUUACUGGUGAAAGUUGAUAUGGAUGGAUUCAAUCAUUCAAGUGUUACUGU